AUGAAUUUGUGUGAUAAACCAACGUUGGAAGCGCUGACUUUUCUAGUUUCCCAAGAGACUCAAGAGAAAUUUAUAGACUACUUGUGUACCGCAUGGGGUGUAAGCGAGAGCAUUGUGAACGAGAGCCUGGAACAUUCGCAGGAUUAUCUGGAGUACUUGCAGGAGUACUUGCGAGAAUACUGGAUUGAAGUUACUGCCGUCACUGUAGUUGUUGCUGUGUUGCUAUUAUUUAUUGGAAUAUGGUUGAUAAGGAGUAAGCGUGUCUCUCGCGUAAGACUGGUGAACUCUAAAUCGAUACGAGAAUCAUCCUUGCAUAUACCACGUCCACUCAAAUGGCACGCUUAUGUGUGGCCAUUUGCGAUCCUUUAUCCUUUAUGGAGCUAUUUGUACUUUUUUGCGUAUGAUGAAUUUAUCAGAUCAGAAGAAUACACUUUCCUAACGCUCGGGACAUUGCUUACGGCAAACGCCUUAAUAUUUUUGACUUGUCAAUGGAGUGUGAGGCUGAAAGCAUUCUUUACAUGCAGAAAAGCUUCGGAGACUGACGUUCAGAAUGCAAAAGUCAUCAAGAUUAUUCCUACUCCCCAUAAGGGUAAAGGUGAAUUGUGUCCUAUUAAUCAUUACAAGAAUGGAGAGAUUUCCUUCUUUUAUCAAAGAAAGAAAUACAUAUGGAAUGAAGAUAAGAAGUAUUUCAGUAAGCUCUUAUACCCGAAUGAUCUUCAACCGAUUCUUUCAACGUAUCAACGUAGUCAAGGAUUAGAAACACGUCAAGAGGUUGAUGCUGCAAGGGAGAAAUAUGGUUUCAAUCGCUUCGAUAUACCUGUACCGACAUUCCGUCAAUUGUUCAAGGAGCACGCUGUCGCCCCAUUCUUCGUGUUUCAGCUUUUUUGCGUUGGUUUAUGGGUCAUUGAUGAAUAUUGGUACUAUUCUGUAUUUACUUUGAUUAUGUUGGUAAUCUUUGAGUCGACUGUCGUAUUUCAGCGGCUGAAAACACUGAAUGAAUUUCGCACAAUGUCUAUUAAACCUUAUCCUAUCCACGUGAGACGUCAGCAUCGUUGGAUAACAGUGAAUUCAGAUGAAUUACUUCCUGGUGACUUGGCAUCCGUUGUUCGCACGGACGGGGAGAGUGGAGUUCCAUGCGAUAUGAUUCUAAUAAACGGUUCAUGUAUAGUGAAUGAGGCUAUGUUAUCAGGAGAAUCUACACCACUAUUAAAGGAAUCGAUUAAUCUUCGUAACGGAAAUGACAUCCUUGACAUGAAUGUUACCGAUAAGAACAGUAUGUUAUUUGGAGGCACCAAGGUACUCCAAGUAACUCCACCUCCAAGGGAAGAUCCUCUGUCAGCUCCCGAUGGCGGGUGUUUGGCUGUUGUGCUUCGUACUGGGUUUGGAACAGCUCAAGGAAAACUCGUGCGGACUAUGGUAUUCAGCACUGAACAUGUGUCUGCCAACAAUUUGGAGGCUUUCUUCUUUAUUGUAUUCUUGCUCAUAUUUGCACUUACUGCUGCUGGUUAUGUAUGGAACGAAGGCGUGAAAGUCGAUAGAAAACGAUCAAAAUUAAUAUUAGAGUGCAUCAUGAUUAUUACUUCUGUCGUUCCGCCCGAAUUACCGAUGGAACUGUCAUUGGCAGUAAAUACUUCUCUAGUGGCAUUAGCUCGUUAUGCAAUUUACUGCACCGAGCCUUUUAGAAUCCCAUAUGCUGGCAAAAUUGAUAUUUGUGCAUUUGACAAGACUGGUACAUUGACACGCGAAGAUCUCGUAGUGGAAGGAAUAGCCGGAAUAUAUCCUGAGGAUCCAUUGACACUGGUAAAACCGACAGAAGCACUCCGAAACACUAUUCAAACGCUUGCAACGGCACAUGCACUAGUCUUGCUUGAUGACGACGAAAUUGUUGGCGAUCCAAUGGAAAAGGCCACCCUUGAAGCGCUCGAAUGGAAACUCGGUAAAGGCGAUGUUGUCACUCCAGCAAAUAACCAAUCCCACAAAUUUCAACAACGCUCCGCUCUUCGAAUCAGACGUCGAUUCCAGUUCUCAUCUGCCCUUAAGCGUAUGUCUAGUGUUUCUACUAUGCCUACUCCCAGAGGAUCAAAGGUUUUUGUGGCUGCCAAGGGUGCACCCGAGAUAAUUAGACACAAGUGUAAUUACGUGCCUGACGAUUAUGAAACGACUUAUAAAUUUUUUACUCGGAGAGGAAGUCGUGUGCUGGCUUUGGGAUAUAAAUAUAUUGAGAAAGAGUUGUCCGCUGAUGAGAUAAAUGAUCUUUCGCGAGACGAGGUUGAGAAUGGUCUUGUUUUUGCUGGAUUUUUGAUUUUCCAAUGCCCAUUGAAAGAAGAUGCUGCCUCGACUGUGAAGAUGUUGAAUGAGUCUUCUCAUCGCACUAUCAUGAUAACUGGAGACAAUCCAUUGACAGCUGUUCAUAUCGCCAAGGAAGUAGAGAUAGUCGAGCGAGAUGUCUUGAUACUUGAUUAUCACGAAGAAGAGAAUAAAGAAGAACUUGUAUGGAAAUCGGUCGACGAAACCAAAAUUAUCCAUGUAAAUUCUGCCGAGCCGUUUGAUAAAGCUAUCUUCCGUGACUACGAUAUAUGUGUCACAGGCGCGGCAUUGGCUCAAUAUGAGAACAAACCGUUAGUCAAAGACUUAUUAAUCAAUACAUGGGUAUAUGCCCGAGUAUCACCCGGACAGAAGGAGUUUAUCCUAACAAGCCUUAAACAAUUCGGUUAUACGACAUUAAUGUGUGGUGAUGGUACAAACGACGUCGGAGCAUUAAAACAAGCACACAUAGGCGUUGCCUUACUGGACGGCAAACCGGAAGAUCUUAAGAAGAUCGCUGAACAUCAGAAGAUGCAAAGAUUAAAGGAUAUCAAGCUCGACAACAGGCGACCCGGCAAAAUGGACAGCAACGGAGAAAUCCUCAGACUCCUUCGGUAUGAUGAAUCAAUUAGGUAA